AGCCUCAGCAGUAUUUAUUAACUAUUGUUAAUAUAUGUUGCUCUCGCUACUGACAGCUAGGUAGUACUACUUUUACUACAGUAAUAUUAUACAAACUACAACAGGAAAUUUAGUGCAGUAGUCCGAACCGAACGGCCGCACUGUGAGCAAAGCGAACCUGACCGAACUCCGAACCUUGCCCGGCGCAUUCGAACAUUAAAGCCCGUUACAUCAUGUCGUCCGCUGCCGUCGCGUCACCGGCGUUGUCCGCGUGUUCCGCCGUCGCAUUGAUCAUGCUGUUUGCCGUCGCCAAUCCGGACACCGUGUCGGCCGCCCCGUGGCCAGCCGACGACGCCGCAGUCCUGACCGCCGAGGACAUCCAGCCGUCGCCUACAAAUCCACAGGUUUCAACCAAAGGAGAUAUCUAUAGUUUUAUUAUACAUUCCCGAGUUAAACACAGAUAUGCUCAGACUACGGUGUCGAGCCGAGUGGCAAACAAAGGUAAUACUUCUCAGGAAGUUCAGUUCUACGUGACGCUACCAGAAAGUGCGUUUGUUUCCAAAUUUUUAAUGGAAAUUAACGAAAAAGUGUACGAAGCGUACGUCAAGGAAAAAAAAGCAGCUAAAGAAGAAUACAGUGCAGCGGUAAAUGCCGGUCAGACAGCCGCUCACGUAGAACAAAACGCGAGAGAUUCGAACAAAUUCACGGUCUCAGUAAAUGUGGAAGCCGAACACAAAGUGACGUUUAAUCUUACUUACGAACAGCUUUUGACAAGGAAACUAGGUGUCUACGAAAACGUCAUAAACGUCCAACCCGGCCAGGUUGUGAAAAAUCUUAAAGUCAUAGUAGACAUCGAAGAAUCAUCCAACAUAACAACUCUGGAAGUGCCAGACAUAAAGACGACUAAUGAAAUCAAAACGACAUCUAGUAAAAAUAAAUUGGCGCAGAUUUCUCGUACAUCGGGCAACAGUACUACGAUAACGUGGAUUCCGACCGUCAAGGAACAAUUAGCGUUUUCAGAACGAGGUGUCAAAGGUCAAUUCAUAGUCCAAUACGACGUCGAUCAUAAGUCUACACCGAACCAAGUCCUUAUCGACGAUGGGUACUUUGUACAUUUCUUCGCACCGCCUGAUUUAAAACCCCUAAGGACUCACGUCAUAUUUGUGUUAGACGUCAGUGGUUCUAUGGUUGGACAAAAAUUGCCACAAGUCAAAGACGCUAUGGCACAGAUUCUGACCGACAUCAACGCCGACGACUUUUUCACCUUGAUACUCUUUUCAGAUUACGCUCAGGUUUGGACGAUAAACGCUACUCAAGCGACGUCUACUCGUUGGGAUGAAUCGGGUAUCGAACAAAAAAAUAACAAUAAUUUCACGCUAGAUGCUUUCGGUGAAAGCCGUUUUGUUUUUCCUGCAAACGCAGAAAAUAUACAUUAUGCCAAGAAAUUCAUCGAAGACUUGACAUCGGAAAGCAGUACAAACAUGGAGGACGCCUUAAAUAAGGCUCUUUCCAUAGCCAAAUUAGGGGAGAUACGGUUUAAAAAUGGUGCAAACACUCCGAAACCGAUAAUCGUGUUUCUCACAGACGGUGAACCGACUACAGGAAUAACUGAAUCCCAAGAGCUGAUCAAAUAUGUUUCGAACAUCAACUCGGAAAACAGGUAUCCUAUAUUCAGUCUGGGAUUUGGAGAGGGAGCUGACAUAGAUUUUCUCAAGAAGCUAUCGCUGAAUAACACGGGAUUCGCCAGGACGAUAUACGAAGCUUCGGAUGCUUCUUUACAAUUAAGAAACUUUUACAAAGAAAUAUCGUCGCCAGUAUUGUCCAACGUCACCUUUAAAUACGUGGAUGCACAAGUGGACAACACCACUGUGACAAAGAAAUCGUUCAACUUGUUAUUUAGCGGCACCGAGCUGGUCGUGGCUGGUGUGUUGAGAAAUCCCAAAGAAGAAUUUAACGGCACGUUGAACGCCAAUUCAAAAGACGGUGAUUUCAUAGAUUCCGGUUCUGUUUUUUGCUUAGAUUUGCCACGUGUUCCCCAGGAAGUGACGACCACCAGACAAGUAGGACAUUUGGAAAAACUAUGGGCCUACUUGCAUAUUCAACAAUUGAUGGAUGAAUACGAACUCAACAAGAAUGAAAAUUCUUCCGCUAAAGCUAAAGCUCUAGAGUUAGCCCUAAAAUACUCUUUCGUUACGCCUUUGACAUCAUUGGUAGUCGUCAAACCCAACGAAACGACAACAUCGGCAGAUCCUGAAAAAAUCAAACCUCACCAAAAUAAUAAUUUCACUCCCUUAAGUUAUGCUGGGCCUCCGGGAAUGCCGAUUGCAAUUACAUCAGGUAUUCCAUACAAUUCCGCCAGUAGUAAUAGUUACACGUUCAGUAGACCGACAACGCUAAAUCAUAUGUAUAUGAGUCUGAGAACAGCCACUUUCAGACCAGUACUAGUAGACAGAGAUAGUCAACAAGAAUUGUCAUUAGAUGAUGCGAACGAAACGGAAAAGUUAGAGAAAAACGAGACUUUGUACGACUCACAGUUGCCACUUCACACUUUGAGUGAGUUGACCUGGCUGAAUGUAACUGACGGCGUUCAACCGGUCAUUGCUUUGAAUACGACUAACUCUACUUAUCAAGUUUUGUUAAAUACUACCAAUCAAUCAUAUCAAAACUGUACCACGCCGGACAACAUUAUGGGUAGUUGUAAACACUUGAAAGACUGCACAACUACAUCAAUCUUAAAUUCAUUUGACAUUUAUGUUUCACUGUUUUGUUCUAUUGAAAAUAUUUAUGCUGGCAUUUGCUGUUUAGUGUGAUUUAAAAACACCGAAGAAAAAGGGAGUCAUGAAUAUUACUAAUCAUACAAAAAGUUAUUUAUGGUUAAUUAAUUGUAAUUUAUGUAUUAUUGCAUUACUAUUAAACAUAAUUA